UCCACAUAAUGUUACGGCCCCUCGGAUUGCGAGUCCCCAUGGACAAACGGUAGAGAUGCAACUGUAGCGGUCCAGUAAGUCGGAGAGAGAAACAGAGAUCACGCUCUGACUGAACCAGACCCACAAAAUUUCUCAUUGAAACUCCAAUGGCAGACCCAAAACCAGAACCAGCAGUAUCUCCAAAAGAAGAAAAAGAUGUCAGAGCGCCGAAUAUAGUUGAGAGAGCUAAGGAAGAGAUGGAAGCAAUAAUUCACACUGAAAAAUCACCAAAACAUGACAAGGAAACACAUGGAAGGAGUGAUGAGAUUGACGAGAACACCCCGAUCGAUGAAGUCAAGGGGCCAAAUGUGUUUGAACGAGUAAAGGAAGAGAUUGAGGCCCUUGUUGAAGCAAUUCAUCCGAAGAAAGAAUCCAAAAGUCAUGAGUGAUCUUAUAAGUGAGAGGUGGGUUGAGCCUCUGUCGUGGGUUGAGCCUCUGUCAUAAGAAGGUUUGAGAAAUUUAUCUGUCAAUUGGGAUCAGAAAAGAGGAUUUAAUAUUGUAUCAUAACUGAUACUUAAUUUCUAUGAUAUGUAUGUUUGUUGCAAUUUUACUAUCCCGAUGAAAUCAAUCGUGACUGAAUUUUGUUCGGUUAUUCCAUUGUUCUCAUUGACUACUGAAAUUAUUUAUUUCCCUUUCUAUCA